CUAGCAAGCAAGCAUCCAUCUCACUUCUCAAGUAUCUCUGUCUCUCUAGCUCCUCUAGCUAGCUAGCCACCAUGUCUGGUGUGUGGGUGUUCAAGAAUGGGGUGGUACGUCUUGUGGAGGGCCCGUCGGAGUCGGGGUGCGGGCAACCAGUGAGAAAAACGCUGCUGCACACGCCGAGCGGAGAAGCCAUGUGCUCCCACGAGGCCCUGAAGAGGAAGCUGCUGGACCUGGGGUGGGAGCCCUACUACGACGACCCGGAAUUAGUCCAGUACCAUAAGCGUAGCUCCGUCCAACUCAUCUCCCUCCCCAAGGACUUCAACAAAGUCAAGUCCAUGCACAUGUACGACGUCGUCGUCAAGAACAGGGACGCCUUCCACGUCAUCAACGCCGCCGUCCACGUCCACGCCGAAAACAAGGCCAGUGCCGACAAGGCUGAGGCCGCCGACGCCGAUCAUGGUGAGGCCUAAUAUGCAUGAAUGCCUGCAUUGGUAUGGGCGUGUGGCGUGUUAUAUUUACCAUAUAUCGUUGGUGUGGCGUGUUAAUGCUACGUACAUGUGGUUUGAUCAUGGUGCAUGUGUAG